AUGAAUACCAAAAUUCUCAUUACUUUCGUAUUACUAUUAACUGUCACUGGAAUCAUUGCUAAACAAUGUUAUAGAUGUACGGGAUGUCCCAGACCGUUCAAGGGAAAUGAAGCAGGUGUCAACAAAGUCAAUGUUGGAGACAAUGAUUACUGUCAAAAAACGGUUGCAUUAGGUACUGAAAGUCGAGACAGUGGUGGUAAUGAUUGUACACCUGUAGAUAAAAUGAAAUAUUGUUGCAAAGGCCAUUUAUGUAAUGGAGCAACAAUAACUACAUUAACUAUCAAACUUUUGGCGGUAACAACUAGCUUGUUAUUUGUUGUACAAUUCUUCCAAUGA